CGUUGCUGGAUGUCUGAGCGGCUCAGCUCAGCGGGGAUCCGCCACAAAGCAGAUGCGAAGCCGGGAUGAGAUGCGAGUCGCUGCCCUUUGUGCGGCUUCGGUGCUUCGGUUUGAAAUGCGAUUUUAUAGCCGAAAACACAACGAAACAAACUGCGUUCACCGGCAAGGAAUCAAGUUACACUCCGGUGGUAAAUGAGCGCGGAAUCUGCGGCCAGAUGAGAGUCGGGAGAAAGUGAUUUUGGAGGCACUUUUGUUGCUCGGCUCUUUGUGCUGCAGCGUUACCCUUUUUGGAUAGAAAGGCCUCCAAGAUAGAUUCCCUCAGGAGUAAAGUGGACCUGCUGCGCCUCCCUCUGGCCCUCUCCACCAAGUCCAUCAGCAGUCGUAAGAGCCAGCUGGGCGUGGUCUGGGAGAAAGGCGGCGGCGGCUCGGGGGCAGGAGGGGCCCGGAAACCCCGCCCACCGCCAGCCUCCGACAUGGACAACGAGUCGACGUACUCGGGCUACUCCUACAAGUCGUCCCAGUCGAGAAGCUCCCGCAAACACAGGGAUAGGAGGGACAGACAUCGCUCGAAGAGCCGCGACAGCAGCAUCCGAGACAAAUCGGUGACCAUCCAGGCUCCGGGAGAGCCACUGCUGGACGCCGAGUCGACCCGAGGAGAUGAUCGGGAUGACAACUGGGGCGAGACCACCACGGUGGUUACAGGCACCUCCGUGGACAGCGUCUCCAACGAGGACCUGACGCGGAUGUCUAAGGACCUGGAGGAUUCCUCUCCGCUGCAGUGUCGGCGUUUCCUUGGCCCGGCGCUGGGUGGUGUUCUGGGGCUCUUCGCUCUGGUCACCCCUCUGGCUUUCUUGGCCCUCCCGCAGCUCCUCUGGCGGGACACACUGGAACCUUGCGGCACCCCGUGUGAGGGCCUUUACAUUUCCCUAGCCUUCAAGCUCCUCAUCCUCCUCAUCUCCACCUGGGCGCUGUUUCUCCGCCCGCCCAGAGCCACCCUGCCGCGCUUCUUCAUCUUCCGCUGCCUGCUGCUGGCGCUGGUGUUCCUCUUCGUGGCGUCCUAUUGGCUCUUCUACGGGGUGCGCGUGCUGGAGCCCAGAGAGACGGACUACCGGGGGAUUGUGGGAUACGCUGCCUCUCUGGUGGACGCGCUGCUGUUCAUUCAGUACCUGGCUUUGGUGCUGCUGGAGGUCCGACACCUGCAGCCCGCCUUCUGUCUGAAGGUGGUGAGGACCACAGACGGAGCCAGCCGCUUCUACAACGUGGGGCACCUCAGUAUUCAGCGUGCAGCAGUAUGGCUUCUGGACCAGUACUACAACGACUUCCCCAUCUACAACCCCGCCCUGCUCAACCUGCCCAAGUCCAUCCUCUCUAAGAAAAUGUCUGCCUUCAAGGUCUACAAUCUGGGCGAAGAGAACAGCACCAAUAACUCCACAGGCCAGUCCAGAACCAUGAUAGCAGCCGCUUCUCGAAAAAGAGACAACUCCCACACGGAGUAUUACUACGAGGAGGCAGAGGUGGAGCGGAGGGUCCGCAAACGUAAAGCCAGACUGGUGGUGGCGGUAGAAGAAGCCUUCACCCACAUCAAGCGUCACCAGGAUGAAGAGGGGGGCGUGUCUUCCCCCAAACACCCACGGGAGGUGAUGGACCCCCGGGAGGCCGCCCAAGCCAUCUUCGCCCCCAUGGCCCGGGCCAUGCAGAAAUACCUCCGUGCCACCAGGCAGCAGUCCUACCACAGCAUGGAGAGCAUCAUCAACCACCUGCAGUUCUGCAUCACCCACAACAUGACCCCCAAGGCUUUCCUGGAGCUCUACCUCAGCCCUGGUCCCACCCUCCAGUACCUGGACACCAGCAGGGGCCGCCAGUGGACCCUAGUGAGUGAGGAGCCCGUGACCUCCGCCCUGCGUCAGGGUCAGGUCUUCUCCCUGAGACGCCUCGACUUCUCCCUGGUUGUCACAGUGACGCCCCUCCCUUUCCUGAACCUUGGGGAGGAGUUCAUCGACCCCAAAAGACACAAAUUUGUCAUGAAGAUGCAGUCAGAGACGUCUGUGUAGGAGCAGGAUGAAAUAACAAGUCUUUAGGGUAUCUUUUUUUACCUUUUUUAUUAGUUAUUUUUCAUGUUUUUUUACUUUUGGUAAGCCCAAUGGCCGAAAUAUCAGGAAAUCACAGAGGAGAAGCAACAGAAUGAGUCAUCGCUGACCUUGUUCCUCAAAAAACCUAAAAUAAGUCAUAUGCCCUAUAACUGCUGACUGGUCACUUCUGAUAUUGCACUACAGACUGCUUCCAGUACCCUUGAUGCUGACAUUUUAGGGCUUUUUUUUAUGUGGUAUUUCAACACACUUUCAUUUCACAUUUUUUGACAUCGAUUGGACUUUAUUCAAGAGAAUAUACCACGGUACGAUGUGGUAAACGAGCAGUUCUUCAGACUCAAGCUCGCUGUUUUGUCCGAGCUGAUCCUACUUUUCUGUUUACUUGAACUUCCCGUUUGCUUUUGAAUUUGGCCUUUAAAUGUUACAUGGGGGCAAAAUUGAGCAUCCUUUUUAAGUGCCCUCGUCUUUUCUCACCUAUUGGACUGGAUUCUGUGUGAAUCAAACACAGGUGAAAGUGCGUCUUCUAUUUUUGAUUCGACUGCUAAAUGGACUUGAGAAUUUUCCACUGCAAGUUUGAAGUAAGAAACACUGGAUGGAUUUUAAUGCACUGAGGAUUUGUGCUUUUUGUAUUUCCUGCUCAGGUUGUGUUGAAUCAUCUACAGAAAUGCAACCCUGCAGGUGCAGUGAUGGAGCAGCUUAAGUCCAGUUACACUGGCUGCAACAUUUGUCACCUACAAGGUUGGAAUUGGACUCGAUGGACUCAAUUUAGCCAAGUGCCACCAAGGGGGUUCUUUUGGGCAGCUUCAUGUUGAUUAAUGUCUUUGAUAUUUUAAAGUGAGUGUGUAAAUUUCAGUGUUUUGGUACUGGAAAAAGCGGCCUACCGCCUCAUGGCUUUAGACCCAAAAGCUCCCGCCAUGUGAUCGACUAAAAUGUUUGAUAUUAGUAACAUUCUCAGCCUGAACUAAGACGGGGUCAAAUUGUAUUUCCCUUAAAAAUGUAAUCUUUACAAUUGCACUCCUAUAACCCUGUCCCACUCAUGAUGGACAGUCAUGCGAUUCCACACAUUGACUUGCCUUUGUUGUAGCUUUGCAACUACAUUGCCCACAAUGCAACUCUACCACCAACAGUUCAGUCAAAGAUUUGGACGCUAGUUGAAGCUAAUGCCUUAAAACGCUAUGCAACUAUUUUGUGCAGCCCGGAAAAACAAUCGAUGGUCUCUUAAUCGGGACACUUGCCCUUUUUGUUAAUUCAGUUAACGGGCAUCAUACGGUAUGUAUUGUUAAUUAGAGAUACCAAUUUAACCUUCCACAAAACCCCCUUAGAUUAUUAGUACUCAUUUUGCUUAAAUAAUUGAUCAGUAAUCAAAAUAGUUUCAGCUUUUAUUUGAUUAACUAACCAAUAAAACACUAAUCAUUCCACUUUUAGAGAAGUAGUUGGUGCUGUUUAUACUAGGGGUCAUCAGGGGCCCCUCUGAAGACGAAAGGGGCCACAACUUGUGUCUUUUGUCAGUCAAAGAUGUCCUUUUUUACACUACGGAUAGAGAUUGUCGUGCCACUCACAAGCAGUGUACUUUUCCUACGAUUGUAUUUUCGUGUGUUUUGAUGGAUCACUUUGUUGUACUCGAUCUAACACUCGUUGUGUUCUAAAGCAAGCUUGUUGUUUACUGUGCUUUUUUAGGACUGAGUUGAUGUAAAAGGUUUUUAAUAAAUGAUCUCAUACAAAAAUA